AACAUGCAUGAUUUUCAUUAAUUUCAUUUUCAUUCAGCAGAAAGAAAAGACAAGAACAUCGCACAGAAAAUCACGCGCAUCUCAUCCGAAAGAUACAAUACAUCUCUUCCUCUUCCUUUCUCAUUCGCCAUUCGCAAAUUUGGAUUUUACGCUUUCCGAAAUGCCCCAAGCAAUUCAAUUCAGAAGGAACAAGGAAGGUUGUUAAUUGUUGAGACAAAGAAAUGGAUUCUGCGAGGAGUUGGCUUUCGAAGUUGCAGCCUCGUGAUAAAAUGAAGGCGAAGAAGAGGGACGAGGAUGGUAAUAAUGAUGGAAAUGGAGAUUUGACUUCACCUGUGGAUGAUGGGUCGCUUUCUGAUGUCACGAAGCAGAAAGUUGCGGCCGCAAAGCAGUAUAUCGAAAAUCAUUACAAGGAGCAAAUGAAGAAUCUUCAGGAGAGGAAAGAGCGUCGAACCAUCUUGGAAAAGAAGUUGGCCGAUGCCGAGGUCUCCGAAGAAGAUCAAAACAACUUACUUAAAUUUUUAGAGAAAAAGGAAACCGAAUAUAUGCGCCUUCAGAGAGCCAAGAUGGGUGUUGAUGAUUUUGAGUUAUUGACUAUGAUUGGAAAAGGUGCAUUUGGGGAGGUCAGAGUUUGCAGAGAGAAGACUACUGAUUCUGUAUACGCAAUGAAAAAACUAAAGAAAUCAGAGAUGCUUCGCAGAGGACAGGUUGAACAUGUCAAAGCGGAAAGGAAUCUCCUCGCAGAGGUUGACAGCAAUUGCAUUGUCAAACUUUAUUGCUCUUUCCAGGAUGACGAGUAUCUUUAUCUUAUUAUGGAGUAUCUACCGGGUGGAGAUAUGAUGACUCUACUUAUGAGAAAGGAUACCUUGACUGAAGAUGAAGCCAGAUUUUAUGUAGGAGAAACUGUUCUGGCUAUUGAAUCUAUACACAAGCACAAUUAUAUACAUAGGGAUAUCAAGCCUGACAACUUAUUACUUGAUAGAUAUGGACACCUGAGACUGUCUGACUUUGGACUUUGUAAACCAUUAGAUUGUAGUACGCUUGAAGAAAAGGAUUUCUCUGUGGGUCAGAAUGUGAAUGGAUCUACACAGAAUGAGGAGCGUUCAGCUCCAAAACGCACACAACAAGAACAACUGCAAAACUGGCAAAAGAACAGGAGGACGCUUGCUUAUUCCACUGUUGGUACACCGGAUUAUAUUGCGCCAGAAGUUCUUUUGAAGAAAGGGUAUGGGAUGGAAUGUGAUUGGUGGUCACUCGGUGCUAUCAUGUAUGAAAUGUUGGUGGGAUAUCCACCUUUUUAUUCUGAUGAUCCAAUGACAACAUGUAGGAAGAUAGUGAACUGGAAAUCUCACUUGAAAUUUCCUGAGGAAGCUGGGCUAUCGCCUGAGGCUAAAGAUCUUAUUAGUAGACUUUUAUGUAAUGUCAACCAUAGGCUGGGAUCAAAAGGUGCUGAUGAAAUAAAGGCUCAUCGGUUCUUCAAAGGUGUUGAAUGGGAUAAACUAUAUCAAAUUGAAGCUGCAUUUAUACCUGAGGUCAAUGAUGAAUUAGAUACUCAGAAUUUUGAAAAGUUUGAUGAGGCUGACAGCCAAACUCGACCGUCGUCAAAAACUGGUCCAUGGAGGAAGAUGCUUUCAUCUAAAGACUUAAAUUUUGUUGGAUACACAUACAAGAACUUUGAAAUUGUUAACGAUUAUCAAGUUCCUGGGAUGGCUGAGCUGAAGAAGAAGCCCUCCAAAUCAAAGAGACCAUCCAUCAAGUCGCUUUUCGAUUCCGAGUCAGAGACGUCAGAGUUGUCUGAGGUUUCUGAUACGUCUGCAAGUGAUCGACCUCAAGGAAGCUUUUUGAAUCUUUUGCCACCCAAGUUAGAGGCAUCUCAUAGUGAGAGGAAUCUUACUCAUAAGUCUUAACAACACAAUCUCAUGAUCUAUCCAGUCAAACAGUGUAGGUACCAUAACUCAUGCAUAUAUUUGACAAUUCCUGUAUUCUAAAUGUGACUCUCAAUGCAAUUCCACAUUUGGAUUUGUUAUUGGUUACGCUAAUUAAUGGUUAUGAGAAAAGGCAAGAAGAAAGUGCUGUGUCUUGAAUCAAGUAAUUAACCUCGAGCAAGCUGGCUUGGACAAGUCUUUUCUGUCAAUCACAACUAUUGAAUUGUAAAUUUCUUUCAGUUUAUUGUCAAAUAUGCUACACUGUAAACAGAUUCAUGGUGUCAUUGAAUUGUGGAUACUCUGUAAAUUUCUUACAGUUUAUUGUCAUUCAUGUUCUCUUUUACAUUAAUGACGAUAACAAAGCAUUUGUCUGUAACGUUGGAGUCUAAUGGAUGACAAGUAAUUUUGUUGUAUAAAACCUGCAUUAAAUGUAAUCUAUCAGUGUUCAUUUUCAUACAAA